AGCUUGAAAUCUCCUGUUAGGUUCCGCUCUUGCUGGUCUGUGGUUGCGUUCGCCGGUAGCAUCGUAUGAUAUGGUCGAUAAAUCAGAGAGCACGGUGCCCGAUGAGGAAGUGUAAUGAUCAUAUAACGUUGCCUCGACUGAAACAUUCGCCUGGUUCUUCCUUCACCGGACUGCAAUGCCGCCGCAGCGAGUAUUCGCCCUGCCGCGGCAACAAUCUCUGCUGCUGCCUGCGGUCAUCAACCCGUUUAUCCAAGACACCAAACUAACCAAAGCUGCUAUAAUCAAAUGUGUCCUCCUGGGAAUCUUCCUGGUCCCGAUCCGGGCCGUCCUUGUGUCCCUGGUUCUCAUGGUGACAUGGCCAGUGGCUGUCAUAAUAACCUUCAACCAUCCUCUGAAAGGAGCCGUGGAACCAAUGACAGGAUGGAGACGGAUCAUGUGUCGGAGAGUGAUGGCUGCCUUGGGGAGGACUUACUACUUCUGCAUGGGCUUCAGGGUGGUGGUCAAGGGCAAGCAGGUCGACAGCAGCGAGGCCCCCAUCCUGGCCGUGGCCCCCCACUCCACCUUUUUUGAUGGGAUUGUGUGCAUUGUUGCAGGCCUGCCCUCCACCGUCUCCCGUGUCGAGAACCUGGCUACACCCAUCUUUGGCAGGUUUGUGCGCUGUCUUCAGCCGGUGCUGGUGUCCAGAAAGGACCCAGACUCCAGGAAGAACACAAUCCAGGAGAUUGAGAGCAGAGCCAAGUCAUUAGGCCACUGGCCACAGGUUCUGAUAUUUCCAGAGGGAACAUGUACAAACCGCUCCUGUCUCAUCACUUUCAAACAAGGUGCCUUUAUCCCAGGGGUCCCUGUGCAGCCGGUGAUUAUGAGAUAUCCCAACAAACUGGAUACAGUGUCUUGGACUUGGCAGGGUUUCAGCUCGAGGACGCUGCUGCUUCUCACUCUGAGCCAGCUGUACACCACAGUAGAGAUAGAGUUCCUGCCGACACAUAUCCCCACAGAGGAGGAGAAGAAAAGCCCUCCUCUGUUUGCUAGCAGAGUGCGAGAAACUAUGGCCCAGGCUUUGGGAGUUCCAGUGACAGACCACACGUAUGAAGACUGCCGCCUGAUGAUCUCAGCUGGUGAGCUAACGCUGCCCAUGGAGGCCGGCCUGGUUGAGUUCACCAAAAUUAGCCGUAAACUCAAUCUGAAGUGGGACCAUGUGAAGAAAGAGCUGGACGGCUUCGCGGCCAUGGCCAGCUCUUGUAAAGGAGGACGUAUCACCAUCGAGGAGUUUGCCUCAUUCCUGCAGCUGCCCAUCAACCCAGCCCUGCAGGAGCUGUUUGCACUGUUUGACAGGAACGGAGACGGCACCAUAGACUUCAGAGAGUACGUUAUCGGCGUGACCAUAUUGUGUCGACCAGCUAACACAGAAGAUGUGCUUCGCAUGGCUUUCAAGCUGUUCGAUACAGACGAGGAUGAGAAAAUCACCCGAGAAGAGUUCACUGCUCUUCUGCGCUCGGCUCUGGGCGUGUCCAAUCUAAACAUGGCCAAACUCUUCAAGGAGAUCGACGCCGACGGCUCUGGUGUCAUCACCUUCAAUGAAUUUGAAAGCUUCGCCACGACCCACCCAGAGUACGCCAAGCUCUUCACCACCUACCUGGAGCUUCAGAGAUACCAAGCAAUCCAGGAGGCAAAUCCAGGUGAUCUGGAGCUGUCCGGUCAGAUCAGCUCAAGGGGAAAUCAGGAAGACAGCAUCUCUGACAAAAAAGACGACUGAGGCCGAGGAGGAACGUGAAAUCUGCUCGACUGAACUGAAAGACAGAACGCUGUAUCCACUGCACUGAGACAGAACAAGCAAAAGUGUCAUCUGCCCUUUGACUUUUAGCACAUUCAUGUCAUUUGCCUCAGCGGAGCCAUAUCAUAGGUCAUGUGCUUGCCUUUUUAUAGAUGGUUUUUAGAGUGCUUCUAUUUUCAAUUUUAGUGCCUUAUAGAGAUUUCAAAGAACCACUUCCCCAAGUCACUGCACAAGACAUGUUGUAUUGCAGAGCUUUUCAUCCUUAAAGUUGUAUCAGUGUGUGUGUGUGUGUAUUUUGGUUAUGUGUUUAUCAGGAAAUAAUCGAAUGAAAAGAUAGUUAUAGGAUGAAAAUACAUGUCAGAAAACCCAUGUGGGCACUAAUCAGUGUUUUAACUUUUUAAACCCUGAAAUCUUCAGAGUUCUAAUGUUAGUGACGGUUUUUUAUGAUGUACGUUAACCGCCUCACCAUGUUUUUGACUUGGAAACACCAUUCUUUGUAGCCUGAGCUUACCCUAGAUGAUCAUAGCGUUGUGUACCUUCUCCUUUGUCUUUGUGGUCCUCUGUAAAUGAGUAAAAAAAUAUUGCCAAACCAACACCUUUUUAAAUAUAAGCAAAGAGUCCUCGUUCUUCUGUGUUGUUGUAUAAUUAGUGUACUUUAUUAAGAUCUUUCCAAUCUGGCAACCCACAGAUGUUCUGUAUUAAAACUAUGUCUGCGAUGAGCACACAUGCUGCGCAUUACACUUUUUUCCAGUGCUCAGGGACACAGACCUUGUAAGACGGCUGUAUAAUUAGCCGGAGGUUUGCUUUGCAUGUGUAUCUAUUUGCAUUUCUACUGAAGAUGGUUGUUGCUGAGACAGCAGCACGUCUACACAGCUUUGAGUGUGCUAAAACAAAUCAACCACUGAAAAUAGGGCAAUUUGUGAGCAAAAAGGCAACAGUGCUUCUUCACAACAGCAGAUCCCAGCGGGGUCUGCUUUCAGAUUAACUAGCGGCAGUGUUAUUUAUUUAGCAAGGUGCGUUGCAAUUAUGUGAUUUUUUUUGUUAACACUGCAAAGUUUGCUUUUUAAAAUAAAACAAGAAAGCAAUUUUAA